CUCUGGAGCGGGGGUGGGGGGGAGCGAGAGUGGAGAAGUCUUAAAGCGCUCGGCGUCCCAGUCCAGCUCACUUCUGCCUCCCCUGGCCAGAGGCGGAGCCCCGGGAGAAGGCGGGGACGCCCGGAGGAACCUCUCGGCUUCAUCCGUCCCCGGCGAGCCCAGGUCAGCCUCGCUCCGAAGCCAAGUUGGGUAGAGACGGGCAGGGGCUCCCGGCCCCAUGGAGGCGACCCUCAAGUGCCUGUGGGUCUGCGCCCUCCUCAGUCUCGGGGUAUCCAGCCUUAAACACAAUGAAUGUUUAAUCGUACACAGCAUAAAUGUGGAGCGGCAAAAGUGCUUGGAAUAUGAAAAAAUGGAGAAUGAGCCAGAAGGUUGCCAGCCGAUGUGGGACAACAUUACAUGCUGGCCACCAGCGGCCUGGGGUCAGCUGGUAGUCAUGCCCUGCCCCAAGAUCUUUGAGAUAAUCUUCCAAAGCCAUGGUGGUAAUGUGACCAGGAACUGUACCAUGGACGGAUGGACAGCCAUGGCCCCAGCUCCCUACGCUAUUGCCUGUGGCCCUAACAACAGCUCAAUACCCGAUGAUGAGAAGAAGUUUUUCUACGACACCGUGAAGACGGCGUACACCGUUGGCCACAGCCUCUCUGUCAUCGCACUCGCCAUAGCCAUAGUCAUCCUGUGUGUCUUCAGAAAAUUGCACUGCACCCGGAACUACAUCCACAUGCACCUGUUUACAUCCUUCAUCCUUCGGGCAGUUGCUGUCUUCAUCAAAGACGUUGUCCUCUUCCCAGGCAGCGAGUAUGACCACUGCAUGGAAGGCUCGGUAGGCUGCAAAGCCACCAUAGUGUUCUUCCAGUACUGCAUUAUGGCCAACUUCUUCUGGCUGCUGGUGGAGGGCCUCUACCUUCACACCCUGCUGGCCAUCUCCUUCUUCUCUGAACGGAAAUACUUCUGGGGAUACAUCCUCAUUGGCUGGGGGGUCCCUGGAUUGUUUGUCACUGCAUGGACACUCACCAGACUCUAUUUUGAUGACAUAGGGUGCUGGGAUAACAUUAACUCCCCAUACUGGUGGAUCAUCAAAGCACCCAUUUUGAUCUCUAUAUUGUUGAACUUCAUUUUCUUCAUCCUCAUCAUCCGAAUUCUGGUCCAGAAGCUUCACCCUCCAGACAAGGGGAAAAAUGAGAGCAGCCAAUAUUCGAGACUGGCCAAAUCAACGUUGCUGCUGAUCCCACUCUUUGGGGUGCACUAUAUCAUGUUUGCCUUCUUCCCAGACAACUUUAAUGAAGAAGUGAAACUGGUCUUUGAGCUUAUUUUGGGCUCUUUCCAGGGCUUUGUGGUAGCUGUCCUCUACUGCUUCCUCAAUGGGGAGGUCCAAUCAGAGUUCAAACGGAAGUGGCGGCGGUGGCACCUGGAACAAUUCUUGGGCCCAGAUGUCAAGUACCACCACCCAUCAGUGGCCAGCAAUGGCUCCAACUUCAGCACACAGAUCUCCAUGAUGACACGUAACAGCCCCAACGACCGACGCUCCUCCAGUUUCCAGGCUGACUUUUCACUAGUCUGACCGGAGCACCUCUCACCCCAGGGUCCCCAACCCUCCCCUAUAUAUCAGAGUAUUAGUCACAGCAAGGGGCAGGCAAAAGGCACCCAAGAUGAGAUGACUAUUGGCUGGAAGAAAGCCUGCCUUAGACAGGAUGCCUCUUGGAUUCUCCCUGCUCUGUUAGAAUCUUUUGAUUGGCUUCCAGAGGCAUAGCUAGCCAAUGGUCUGAAAGCUCAAAUGUUCUUGGAGUUCCCCAAGCUUAACUGGGUCCCAUCCCAUGAGCUGUCCCCACUCCUGGUCCUCAGAACCAGGAAGCUGCCACAGUUCAGCUGACAUGGGGCCAGGAGAGAGGGAUAAGUGGGAAAGGCUAAGAUCUCUGGGAAACUCACAAACUCCUCUCCAUGUGGCCCCUGCUGGAAACUGCUGGACAGGCAGAGAGAAAGCCUCCAUCUUUUUCUGCAAGGAGCCAUGUCCUUCCUUUUGCCUGUCAUGGAUGGUGAGAGUAAACUGCCCUUUGGCAAAAAGAGCCUGGGCAAAGGCAGGAGCUUACACAGUGGUAUAUAUGUCUGUACACCAAUGUGUGAGGAGAUAUCUAAUAUACAUGGUGGAGCAAGGAGAAGAGGUCAGCCCGUCUCCACCACAUGACUGAGGAAGUCGGAAGAGGGCAGAAGACUGAGACCCAGGGGGUCUGGAUAUCCCCCUCCCCCCCCCCCAUGGAUUUGAGAAGAAGAAUCUCUACACUCUCUGCUGGGCUCCUUGGGCUUCCUACUGCUCAGACGAGAGGGAGGGGCUGUGAAGGAUGGUGAAUGGUCGAACAUGUUUGGAAUUGUCACAUUCAGCAUGGGGUAGAGGAAAGAGUCCUGAAUUCAAAGUUGGGAGACCAGGGUUUGUAACCCAGCUCUGUUAUUUACUAGCUGUGUAGCUUUAAACCAGUCACCUCCCUUUUCUGGGCCUCAGUUUCUUUAUCUGUAAAUGAAUUUAUAAAACUUGUCACCUACCUCACAGGGCUAUUGUAAGAAUCAAGUGAAAUGAUGUAUGUGCAACCCUUUGUAGCCAAAAAGUGAUAUGGAAAUAUAAGCUAUGGUUAUUAUUAUCCACGCUUCCUAUUAGCCCCUUUCUUUCAGACCCCCUUAUAGGGACAGGAUAGAUGGAAGGUUUAUAGGACCUUCCUGCAGGAUUUGAUAGGUUAUAAACUCCAGGAAGUUACCUGUGUGGGAAGAAAUACCUUCCGUUCCUGGUCUGUCACAAUGCCUAAGGUUUUAUCAUUAGAGCUUUGCAGCAUGUAACACCUUCUCCCCAACCCCACUCUGUCCAUGAGGCCUUGGCCAUCUUGCCCUCAGCGCCUGUGAUGAGGAUGAUCACAAUCUUUCCUUCUUGGAUUGGAGAGCCUAGUACUCCGAGUCCCUGCAGGGUGCAGAGAAGUCAUGGCCCAUCAAGGACAAACUGAAACAUCUCUUCUCCUCCUCCAUGGGAUAUGUCAGAUAUACCAAAUCCACCCCCAGCCUCACCCCUUGGCAUCCCUCAGAAUAACAUGGAAGGGCUCCUACUCCAGAAUUGGACCAUAGACCCAAUGAUCUAGGAAUCAGGACUAGGAAACUAGACUUGAAUUCUAAGCCAACUCUGCCACCUACUCCCUGUGCAACCUUGGGCAAAUCCCUUCCAUUCACAGGACUCUGGUGAGGUCAAAUUAAAUAAUGUAUAAAAAGUACUUUGCAAACCAUAGCUUGUAUACAAAUGCAAGGGAUUAUGAUCUGGUUAUCUUUGUCAUUCCCCAAACCCUCUGCAUGGCAGGAGAAGCCAAAAACAGGUAUGUGGAGGAGUCAGUAACUCAGUAGAUAAAUAUUUAUUAAGUUCCCACUCUGUGCCAGGCACUCUGCUAAGUUCUGUAAUUCAAAAAAAAAAAAAAAAGACUUCAGGGAGUUCACAAUCUAAUGGGGGGGAUAUGUAAACGACUACGUACAAACAAGAUAUUAAUGAUAAAUAGAAAAGCAUCAACAGAGGAGUCACCUCAUGGUUCCAAACAGUCUAAAAUAGGCUAGACAUGGAACAGGGUAGAAGGCAAAGUGAUCAGGAAAAUUAGUCCUUACUAUAUAUCACCAUGAUCUACUGCUUGCUCUAGCAUUCAGGGCUUGGGCCUCCAGCCCCUUCUCCAACCCCUUCAAGGAACGCCCCCACUCCUGCCUGUGUCUUGGCCAGUGAGAGGGACAAAUCAGGGCUUGUGCCUUCCUAGGGAGAAGAGAAGAAAAGCAGAGAGAAUCAGGGAAGGAGACAUCCACUGGGACUUGACACUGUGGCUCAGGUAAGUGUCAGGACCAUGUCAUCAAGUGAACAAGGAGAGUAAAGAUACUCUAAACCACCAAAAAUAAAUAAAUAAAUCUAUAAUCCAGAAGUCAUCAAAAUAACUUGGGCAUGCGUUUGCUUAUGCAACCAAUGUUGGCAACCAUUUUCUCAAGACAUGUAAUGACAAGACCCCUGAAUUUUUAGAAGAUCAGAGUUCAAGUCUCAGGUUGAUUACAUACAACCUGUGACUGGACAAGUUUCUUCCCAUAGCUCAGCCUCAGUUUUCUCUACAAAAUAAGGGUGCUUGACUAAUGAUAUUUAAGAAGUCUCUUGGCUUUAAAUCCCAGACCCUUUCCUAAAGACACACCCUCCAGGAUGGAAAAGGACAAAUAUCCUUUUGGAUUAAGGCAAAGUAGCAGGCUCCACAGAGUUGAGCUCUCACAGACCCUCCCAGUGGCUUCACUGAAGAAUUAGUGUUAGCAUUUCAAGGAGCUCCUCUCUUCUUUAGAGAAAGUGUGAACCAUCACAUCAAAGAGAGGAGUAAUUAAGAAAGCAUUUUAGGUGCUAACUUUAAAUAAAGCCAAAAUUUGCCACAGAGAUUGACUACUUAUAAAUGACAGGCUGACAAUGGCAAUCUGGGCUAAACCUGAGGAUUUGGAACAAGGGACCAAUCAACAAGCAUUUAUUAAGCAUCUGCUGUGUGCUAGUUUCCUGUGCUAUGUGUCCGAGACACAAAGACAACAAAACAGUCCCUGCCCUCCAGGAGCCAGAUUACUUCUACUGGGAGAAAGAAAUGUGGACAUAUUUAGGAAGCUCAAAAAAGAAGAUGAUGGUAGGGAGAGGAAUCAUUAACAGCUGGGGGAAGGGACAGAAAGGUUUCACAUAGAAUACAGACUAGAGGCUGCACACUUGAGAGACAGGAAUGCAGAAAAAAGGGGGAAUAAGAUGGGAUGUAAGGGACCUUAUCUGAAAGUACAAAUUGAUCCCAGGCUCCAAACAGAAGGGACCAGAGAUCAAUAGGAGUCCAGAAUGUGAGUGAUCAGACAGGGUCUAACAGCAAGUACUGGGGUGCCAACCAUCUGGAGACUAGGGAUCAGGCAUAGAAAAUCCAGGCCUGAAACUCUGCUCUUAUAGAGCUCACAGUCUGAAAGUGGGUACAACACAAGCACAGAUAUUUAAAACAAAAUAUUACAUGUUAGAGAAGUACAGACAAGGCUUUCCAAUGCAAAACACCAUUACCAAUUGAGGGGAUUGGCAAGGGCUUUCUGGAGAUAGGGGUGGUGUUUGAAUUGGGCUGUAAAGGGUAAGAAAAGAAAACUCAAAAAGGGUGAAAAGGGGCAGGGAGGAUACUCCAGGUGUGAAGAAGAAUGUGCAAAGCCCUGUAAGUAGGAAAAUGCAGAAUGUGUAUCAGAGACUGUCAUCCAAGUCUGGCUAGAGCAUUUUGUGCUGUUGCAGGGAUGGGGAGGGGUGAAGUAAUAGGAGAUAAAGCUAGUAGGGCAGGCUGGCCCUAGGCAAGAGAGUCUAAACUCUUUUUGUUAGGCAAUAGGAAAUCAAUGGAGAUUUUUGAGGAAAGGAGGAACAUAUCUAUAAGGAAGAGUAGUUUAUGAAAAACCAAGUUACCUACCAAUUCAGCACCAUGGCUAGAGCAGGACUCAUUUGAUGUAACAUCAGAGGGAGAUCUGGAUUCAAUGGGGUUGGGGCGGGGGGCAGGCGAAGGGGAGUGGGAAUGUACAGAUUUCAGCUCAGCAUAAGAAAUAACUUCAUAAUAGAGCUAUCCAACCAAGGAAAGAAUUAACUCUGGGGACUGUGUUCUUCCUGACACGAGAUAUUUCGAGCCCUAGCAGAAUGACCAUGCGACAACACAUGGCAAAUGCUAUAGAGGAAAUCUCAGAACACACAAAGAAUAAGAACGAAAGCUCAUGAUGCAGAGGGACAGUGGUAAGUUCUGGCAGUGGGCAGGGUCUGAGCCAGGUCCCUUCCAGCUGUGAGCUUCUGAGGCAGUGAGAUAUCACAGUACUGCUGUUGGAGUCAGGAAACCUUGAGUUCAGAUUCAAAAUAAAAUGAGUUAUUAUUUGUAAAGUGCUUUGCAAAACCUAAAGCUACUAUUUAAAUGCUAGCAAUUAUUUUUAUUCCUUCCUGGACCCUAGUGUUCAUCUUUCCCACCUGGAUCACUAGACUGAAAAGAACAAUGGGAGAACUUGAUGCGUUCCCAAAGAAUACUGGAAGGAUAGUUCAGGAGGACUUGUCCAAGGCCCAAACCACAUAAACCAACUGUUCCCUGGAGUAUAAAACAGAAGGAGCCAGGAAAUUUCAACCAAUCAAUAUAUUAUUGAGUAUUGCUCUGUGCUGGGGUGAGGGGAGGGAGAAGGAGGAGGAGGAGUAAACCAGAGUCUUGCCCACGGGGAAAUCAGUCAGUCAACAAGUAUUAAUUAAGCACUUACUAUGUGCCAACACUCUGCUAACCCCUGGUGAAGAUACAAAGACAAGCCCCCUAGGGAGCUGACAUUCUAAAGGAGGAAACAACGUGUAAAUAACCAGAUAGAUACAAGAUCUUUGUGGGGUAGGCGACUAGUCACCUGAAAGGGGAGACAUUAACAGCUUAGGGAACUGAUAAAGGUCAAGGUGAAAAAAAAGGAAGCAGAGCAGUGUAGCUAAGUAACCAGUACAAAGGCACAAAGAUGGUGGGGGGAGGGUCAUGUUGUAGGAAAUGCAAGUAGACUGGGGAGUUAGUCACAAGGGAAAUGAAGUUUAAGGAGACUGGGAAGGUGGGAAGGGACCAUGCUCUACUAGACAGAAGAUUUAGAGCUAGAAUGAAAGAAGAGAGAACAGGGAAUGUGAGAACUGAGAAAGACCUUAGAACACAGAACCUAGGAAAUGUCAGAGCAGGGAAGGACCUUAGAACAGAGAACAGGGAAUGUCGGCACUGAAACAACUUUAGAAGUCAUCAAAUCCAACUCCCUUAUUUUAUAGAUCCCGAAGCCCAGAAAAGGAAAGAGAUUGGUUCAAGAUCACAUAGGUAUUAAGUAGCAAAGCAAGGGAUUAGAACCUAGGUCCUUAAACUGUAUCUUAGGCUCCUUCCACUAUAUGGAACUGCAAGCAGAAAAGUGGCUCCCCUGCCUGCCCAGUAUUGGCCUACACCCUCCGCUGCCUUCUAUCUCUGAGGAAUAAGAUGGACUAUACAGAUAACUAGGUCAAGGAGAUAAGGGAUGAAUUCUCCUUCCAUAGAAAAGAAUGACUCUACAGGGGAGUGCAGAGAGGGAAGGGAGAUGCAUUGUGCUUGAGAAUAGCAUGCAUCUGCAGAAAGAACAACAAAAUGAUUAUAAAAUGCCCUAAUUUCUCCAAAGGACUAAGCCCUGAGGCAGGGUUGGCUGGCUAAAGGCUGCAUAGUAUGAUGUAGGACCCAAAUUCCUAGCUUACCCAAAAUGUCUUCUCUCUAAACACCAACUGCAAUUUCUCCAUCAGCACUUGGAAUCAUAGGAUUUAGAGCAAGAAGACCUCAGAGGUCAUCGAGUCCAAUAGCCUCAUUUUGUAGAUGAGGAAACUGAAGACAAAGAGAUUAAGGGACUUGCUGAAGGACACAUGCUAGAAAGUAGCAAAGCUGAGAUUCCAGGAGGCUGCAUUGUGAGUUAUCACAAAUGUUAGAGGUGAAAGGGACCUUAAACCAUAAAACAGAAUAUCAGAGCUGGAAAGAACCUCAGAACACAGAAAAUCAGAGCUGGGGGAGGGGGUACUCUAGAGACAUCUGGUCAAAACUCCUCAUUUUAGGAAUGGGAAAAUGAAAGCAUGGGAGUUGAGUUGACUUGGCUGAGAUCCCAAGCUAAUAAAUGUCAAAGCAAAUCUCCUGAUUCCAAAUCCAGGGCUCUCACCACUGCUCAGUGUCUUUCCUGAGAACAGACUUGGAGAAGAGGGAGGUGGAAGAGGGGAAGCAUGAACCUGGACUAUUGAUGUCAAGGGAUGAGGUGCCAUCAAGAGGGAACAAUAUUCCUGAAGAUCUACCUUCAGAUGGUAUAGCAUCGAUGCCCACACUCAAUCUAUAAUGCUAUUAUUUGUUGUUGUUGUUGUUGUUGUUGUUGUUUUUAGUGAGGAAAUUGGGGUUAAGUGACUUGCCCAGGGUCACACAGCUAGUAAGUAUUAAGUGUCUGAGGCCAGAUUUGAACUCAGGUACUCCUGAAUCCAGGGCCAGUGCUCUAUCCACUGCGCCAUCUAGCUGCCCCAUUAUAAUGCUAUUAUUAAAGUUUACUUGUCUCAGUGCUGCAAGAUCCAUGAUUUCAUCAUUAACACAAAUCCCAGCCCCUCCAUGUCUUUGUAUACUCUUGGCUGAAUCCCAAUGCUGGGAUACUUAGCCCUCCCUGUACCAUUCCUCUUUGAGCAAUUGGUGAAUAGAAUCUCACAGUGGUUAGGUAUCUCAGAGGGCAUCUAGUUCAUCCCUUAUCUAAUCAGGAAUCUCCUCUACAAGUGGUCAUGCAGCAUCCAAAUAAACACUUCCACCACUCUUUCCUAAAGCUGCCCAUUCCAUUCUAUUUUUUUUCCUUACAUCAAAUUGGAAUAUGCUUCCCUGGAACUUCUCACUGCUUCUAGGUCUGCCCACUAGGACCAAGCUAAGCAAACCUAAUAUCUGUUCACAAGAUAGUUUUUCCUAUCUUCCCUACCCCAGUAUAUUUUUUAGAUUAAAGAACCCUUCAACCAAUCCUUAAUAAUGUGGCCUCUUGCCUACUCACUGUCCUAGCUACUGUGGACUCACUCUAUUUGUCAGCAUUUUUCUUAAAAUACCUUGAAGGAAUUAAAUCAGUCCAAAAGUGGAAUGGGUUGCCUCAGGAAGUUGUUGGCUCUUCAUCAUUAGAAAUCUUCAAACAAAGUCUGGUUGAGUACUGAUUGAGGAUAUUUUAAAAGGUAUUCUUGGGGCAGCUAGGUAGCAUAGUGGAUAGAGCACUGGACCUGGAUUCAGGAGGACCUGAGUUCAAAUCCGACCUCAGACACUUAACACUUACUAGCUGUGCGACCCUGGGCAAGUCACUUAACCCCAAUUGCCUCACCCCCCAAAAAAAAAAAGUGUUCUCAGUCAGGUAUGGUUUUUGGCCUUAGAAGUUCCUUCCAUUUCUGAGGUUCUGUCACUUAUCACAACUCUCCUUGCGGUCCCAAGCCACUGAUUCAACCAUUCUGGAGAGCAAUUUGGAGAUAUGUCCAAAGGGCUAUAAAACUAUGCAUACUUUUUGAUCCAGCAAUACUACUACUAGGUUUGUAUC